AUUUUAAUGAAUGAGCCGAUAAAAGUUUAACUAAUGUCACUUGACUGUCAGGGUUGAGUGUUUUUGAAGUGUUGUGUCCAAGGAGUGUCGGCAGAGAGCAGCAAGGGCUCCCUCUGUGUCUGCUUCAUGUGAUGCUGAUCUGUCACAGUGGUUGACCAGGACUGGCAAACUGGGGCACAUCUUGGGAUUGGUGACAUGUCUCUGUACCGAAAUGCCAUCUGGUUUUGGAAUGGGAUCCACCAAUAUACAAGGAAAGGAUAUGAGGCAGCAUGUAAAGACUUUGAGCCCAAAGACCUGGACGUGUCAGUUGUGGGACGGUCUUUUAUGAUCACUGGAGCCAACAGUGGGAUCGGCAGGGCCACAGCCAUGGCUAUAGCCAAGAAAGGUGGGACCGUCCACAUGGUGUGUAGGAACAGGGACAAAGCAGAAGAGGCCAGGUCGGACAUUGUCAAUAAGUCUGGGAACACGGAGGUGUACAUCCAUGUUGUGGACAUGUCGGAGACAUGCAAAGUCUGGGAGUUUGCAGAGGCAUUCAGGAAGCAGCAUUCAUCCUUGAAUGUGCUGAUAAAUAAUGCAGGGUGUAUGGUGCACAAGAGAGAGCUGAAUGCUGAGGGCCUGGAGAGGAACUUUGCUACCAACACUAUGGGGGUGUACAUCCUCACCCAGAGUCUGAUACCACUUAUACAGAAGAGCCGGGAUCCAAGGGUGAUCACUGUGUCCUCGGGCGGCAUGCUGGUCCAGAAACUCCUAGUCGAUGACUUGCAGUCAGAGAAGGGCAGCUUUGAUGGUGUCAUGGUCUACGCCCAGAACAAGAGACAGCAGGUGGUGCUGACACAACAGUGGGCCAAAGCCAACCCAGUCAUUCACUUCUCUGUGAUGCAUCCAGGCUGGGUCGAUACACCAGCUGUCUCCACAUCAAUGCCUCAGUUCCACCACAUGAUGGGUGACAGGCUGCGCAGCGUAGAGCAAGGAGCCGACACCGUCGUGUGGUUGGCCUUGUCUAGAGCUGCUGCCAGAACACGCAGCGGGCAGUUCUUUCAAGAUCGUAAACCUGUUCCUGUCCACCUGCCUCUGGCCUGGACUUACAGCUCUGCUGAAGAGAUCCAGAGUUUCAUGACUCAGCUGGAAACUUUGGCCAGAGCCAUUCAGUCACAGCCUGACGUAGAGCUUAACGGUCCCUCCAGACCUCAGUUUGUCUGAAAGCUGAUUCAAAUGUUAAACCAUACGUAACCCAUUAAAGCAUUAGUUACAAUAACAUCAGCUCCUGGAAAACAAACCACAGUUGUCAUGCUUAGUCUUGUUUGUCUAAUUCUACACAGCCAUAUUUUCAGGAUGGCUCAUAACUCAGUGAUGACAUUUGUGAUGUCAUCAUGUGGUAAUGUCUGCAUGGAAUAUGUCAGGCUCUAUUGACUUAAAGACAAAGGUCAUUGAUUUAGACUGAAUAUCUCAUUAGCAGUUACUGAACACAAAACAUGCCUGUCUAUUAUCUGUAUCAGUGGCUCCAAAACUUAUUCCUUCAGAGAGGCCUUUUCUAUCACUGAGUAAACUGACCUCUCACUAUAUUAAAGAUAUUUCACAUUAUAUUCACUGUAACAAUAACAGCACAGAACAACUGAUAAACUGUACAAUUACCUUAAAUAGUGAACGCAAUACCUACAGGAAGAACUUUGGGCUGAUCAUUUCCUGUGAAUAUUGCAUCAGAAAAUGAGUUUUCAUGUUUUGUUUUGGGAACUUUUUGCACAAUUCUUUUUCUGUAAUAUGUAUUUUAAAUUUUUUUAACAACUAUACAUACUUAAAAGGCUUUAUUUAUGGAGAAAUUCAGGGGUUUCUUCCAUAAUGUGGGACGAGGAUGUGUGAAUAUAGCUUGCAUUCGGGUCUUCAGUGCACCCU